CCCAAACCCCUAGCCAAAGCCUAUAGCUUCGCACAGAUCCUCAAGAAAACCCUAAUGUCUCUGCAAUUUUGCUUUUUUUUUUUUUCAUCAUUUUUACCGAUGAAAUCCCCUUCUAAUCCAAACCUAUCACUCUCUCAUCUUUCUAUUUGAUUCCUUUAAAACCCAUAGGUUUUUUUUUUUUCCCCUUUAGGGUUUGUGAGUCUACCCUGUGAAUAACAAUGUCUUUACCACCUGUAGAGUGUGCGUACAUUACGGAGGAUUGCCUUCGGGAAUGGAAAAACGGAAACCCUAACUUCAAGCUCCCCGAACCUGUACCCGUGCUUCGCUUCCUCUACGAGCUCUGCUCUAUUAUGGUUCGGGGUGAAUUGCCGUUCCAGAAGUGUAAAACGGUGUUGGAAUCGGUUGUGUUCUCGGAGAGGGUUUCAGACGAAGUAUUGGGUUCAAGUUUAGCGGAUAUUGUGACUCAAAUGGCUCAAGAUCUUACAAUGACGGGAGAGAACCGUGCUCGUCUCAUAAAAUGGGCAAAAUGGCUGGUGGACUCUACAUUAGUUCCACUGAGGCUUUUCCAGGAGCGUUGUGAGGAAGAGUUUCUUUGGGAUGCUGAAAUGAUCAAGAUAAAGGCUCAGGAAUUAAAGAGUAAAGAGGUCCGAGUAAACACGCGUCUUCUUUAUCAGCAGACAAAAUUUAAUCUUCUCCGAGAAGAGAGUGAGGGCUAUGCUAAGCUGGUUACCCUUCUUUGCAGAAAUUUGGAAACUUCAUCACAAAAUGUAUCAGGAGCAAUGAUUGGAAUUAUUAAGUCAUUGAUUGGACAUUUUGAUCUGGAUCCAAAUCGUGUUUUUGACAUUGUACUGGAGUGUUUUGAGCUUCAGCCAGAUGAUAAUGUCUUUCUGGAGCUUAUCCCAAUAUUUCCCAAGUCUCAUGCUUCCCAGAUUCUUGGUUUUAAAUUUCAAUAUUAUCAGCGGAUGGAAGUAAAUUUUCCUGUACCUUUUGGACUCUAUAAGCUUACAGCUUUACUGGUGAAGGAAGAUUUUAUAGAUCUUGACAGCAUAUAUGCACAUUUACUUCCAAGGGAUGAUGAGGCAUUUGAGCAUUAUAAUUCAUUUUCAACAAAACGUCUUGAUGAGGCCAGAAAAAUUGGGAAAAUAAACCUUGCUGCUACUGGAAAGGAUCUAAUGGAUGAUGAGAAGCAAGGAGAUGUGACAAUAGAUCUUUUUACUGCUUUAGACAUAGAAACCGAGGCAGCUGUUGAGCGGUCUCCAGAGCUUGAAAAUAAUCAAACUUUGGGCUUGCUAACUGGUUUCCUUUCUGUGGAUGAUUGGUACCAUGCAAAUACACUUUUUGAUCGUCUCUCACCUCUAAAUCCUGUGGAGCAUGUUGAAAUUUGUAACAGCUUAUUCGGGCUUAUUGAAAAGUCAAUCAGUUCCGCUUAUGACACUGUUCAUCGAGCAAAUUAUCAGAGCUUUGGGUCUUCUUCUGGAGCUAGUGUUGAUGCAAUGGAUGUAGAAGCUUCAUCAACCCAUGGAUCUUUAAUAGAUCUUCCUAAAGAACUUUUUCAGAUGCUUGCUUGUGCUGGACCAUAUCUUUACCGUGAUACUUUAUUGCUGCAGAAGGUGUGUCGAGUGUUGAGAGGUUACUACAGGUCUGCACUUCAGCUUGUAAGUAGUGGUGAAGGUAUUCCAAAUUCUGGAACGGUUAGUGGCGUGAAUCGAGCUCCUCGUUUGCACCUAAAGGAAGCUAGGUCAAGGAUAGAGGAAGCUUUAGGAACAUGUUUGCUUCCUUCUUUACAACUGAUACCUGCAAAUCCGGCUGUUGGACAAGAGAUUUGGGAAGUGAUGAAUCUCCUUCCAUAUGAGGUGCGAUAUCGCUUAUACGGUGAAUGGGAAAAAGAAGAUGAGCGGAAUCCUAUGCUUUUGGCUGCAAGGCAAACAGCGAAGUUGGACACUAGAAGGAUUUUGAAGAGGCUUGCAAAGGAAAACUUGAAGCAACUGGGUCGGAUGGUUGCAAAAUUAGCUCAUGCCAACCCUAUGACUGUACUUCGGACCAUUGUUCAUCAGAUUGAAGCAUAUAGGGAUAUGAUAACUCCUGUUGUAGAUGCAUUUAAGUAUCUCACACAGCUUGAGUAUGAUGUUUUGGAGUAUGUCGUGAUUGAACGCUUGGCACAAGGAGGACGUGAUAAGCUGAAGGAUGAUGGCCUUAAUUUAUCAGACUGGCUUCAGUCACUGGCUUCAUUUUGGGGUCACCUGUGCAAGAAGUAUCCAUCCAUGGAAUUGAGGGGCCUUUUCCAAUAUCUUGUAAAUCAAUUAAAAAAGGGACAAGGUAUUGAGCUUGUUCUCCUGCAGGAGCUUAUUCAACAAAUGGCAAAUGUCCAGUACACCGAGAACUUAACUGAAGAGCAGCUGGAUGCCAUGGCAGGGAGUGAGACUCUCCGGUAUCAAGCAACUUCAUUUGGUGUAACUCGAAAUAACAAGGCAUUGGUCAAGUCUACUAACAGGUUACGGGACUCAUUGCUUUCAAAGGAUGAACCAAAGCUGGCUAUCCCCCUUUUGCUACUUAUUGCUCAGCAUCGUUCUGUGGUUCUAAUUAAUGCAAAUGCACCGUAUAUCAAGAUGGUCAGCGAGCAGUUCGAUAGAUGUCAUGGAACUCUUCUUCAGUAUGUGGAAUUCCUUUCUAGUGCUGUGACUCCAGCAUCAGCUUAUGCUCAGCUGAUUCCCUCACUUGAUGAUCUUGUCCACCUAUACCACCUUGACCCUGAGGUUGCGUUCUUAAUAUAUCGUCCUGUAAUGAGACUUUUCAAGUGCCAGGGAAGUUCUGAGGUCUUUUGGCCUUUAGACGGCAAUGAGGCAUCAAGUAUCACUACUGCAAAUUCAGAGUCUGAACCUACAGAGCCUUCUGCCACUCUGGUUUUGGAUCUUGGUUCUCUGCGGAAACCUAUAAUAUGGUCAGAUCUUCUCAACACUGUGAAAACCAUGUUGCCUUCAAAAGCCUGGAAUAGCUUGUCCCCUGAUCUCUAUGCAACAUUUUGGGGGCUCACACUCUAUGACCUUUAUGUUCCUAGAAAUCGUUAUGAAUCUGAAAUUGCCAAGCAGCACGCUGCUCUUAAAGCCUUGGAAGAGCUCUCUGACAAUUCAAGUUCAGCAAUCACCAAAAGGAAAAAGGACAAGGAAAGGAUUCAAGAAUCUCUAGAUCGCCUAACAAGUGAGCUUCGUAAACACGAGGAAAAUGUUGCAUCUGUUCACAGACGGUUAUCUCGUGAAAAGGACAGAUGGUUGAGUUCCUGCCCUGAUACUCUAAAGAUCAAUAUGGAGUUUCUUCAGCGUUGCAUAUUUCCCCGCUGCACUUUCAGUAUGCCAGAUGCUGUCUAUUGUGCCGAGUUUGUGCACACUCUUCAUUCCCUUGGGACUCCAUUUUUCAACACUGUCAACCAUAUUGACGUUCUGAUAUGUAAAACCUUGCAACCUAUGAUAUGCUGUUGCACCGAAUAUGAAGCUGGUAGACUGGGGAGGUUCUUGUAUGAGACAUUGAAGAUUGCUUAUUAUUGGAAGAGUGAUGAAUCUAUUUAUGAACGUGAAUGUGGAAACAUGCCAGGCUUUGCUGUGUAUUAUAGAUAUCCAAAUAGCCAACGAGUUACAUAUGGUCAGUUCAUUAAGGUGCACUGGAAAUGGAGUCAACGGAUAACACGGCUAUUGAUUCAGUGUCUAGAAUCUACUGAGUAUAUGGAAAUUCGAAAUGCCCUCAUAAUGCUGACAAAAAUCUCCAGUGUUUUCCCAGUUACUCGAAAAAGUGGGAUUAACCUUGAAAAACGGGUAACCAAGAUUAAAAGUGAUGAGAGAGAAGAUCUCAAGGUGUUAGCUACAGGUGUUGCUGCUGCUUUGGCUGCUAGAAAGCCAUCAUGGGUUACAGAUGAAGAAUUUGGCAUGGGCUAUCUUGAAUUAAAGCCUGCGCCAUCUCUUGCUGCAAAGUCUUCAGUUCCUAAUUCUGUAGCUUUACAAAGUAGUUCUGCUAUAAGUAUUUCACUGAGUGAACCUGCUGGUGGAAAAGCAAGUCUUACAGAUGCUGCUAAUCCCAUAAAAGACCAGAUGCUAAAAACAAAACCUGCUGAUGGAAGAUUGGAAAGAGCAGAAGGAGUCUCAAAUGUGAAAUCUGAUUCAGGAAAUAUUAAGCUUAAAGGUGGCUCAACGGCCAAUGGGUCAGAUGCUUUGGCUGUCUUACAAUCUGGAACAUCAAGAUCAAUUGAAAAUCAAAAACAAGUGGAUGAAUUCUCAAAUAGAACAGUGGAUGACAAUGUCACAAGAGUUGGCCCGAAGAAUUCCUUGGAAUCUGAGUCAAGAGCCCAACCAAAACGAUCUACAGCUGCUGGAUCACUUUCUAAGCCACCAAAACAAGAUAUCGCAAAAGAUGAUGCUAGAUCUGGAAAAGCUAUUGGCAGAACUUCUGGUUCUUUGACAGUUGACAGAGAUAACACAUCUCAUACAUCAGAAGGAAGGCUUGCUGGGCCUACUAAUGUUGCUUCUGCAGUCACAGCCAAUGGGAACUCAGUUUCAGCUUCAGCUAAAAGCUCAGCUAUGUCCAUGAGAACAUCAUCAGAUGGUCAUGGUAAUGAAUCGAAGGUAGAGAAUACAGCUGCCAAGUCUUCUGACACUAGAAUCUCUACUUUGAAGGAUGAUAGCACUGAAAUUUUAGAUGCACCGCGGCUUCCUUCUUCUCGACUUCAUUCUCCUCGGCAUGAUAGUUCAGCUUCUGCUUCAAAAUCCAGUGAUAAGAUGCAAAAGAGAGCUAGUCCUGCCGAAGAUGCUGACAGACUAAGUAAACGACGGAAAGGUGAUGCUGAGAUGAGAGAUUUUGAAGGUGAUGUUCGAUUCUCUGACCGAGAGAGGUCUGUUGAUGCUCGGUCUGGGGAUCUUGACAAGUCGGGAACUGAUGAACAAAAUGCCUAUAGGGGUGCUGAUAAAUCUUUGGAUCGUUCAAAAGAUAAGGGCAAUGAUAGACAUGACAAGGAUUAUAGAGAUAGAAUGGAGCGACCUGACAAGUCUCGCGCUGAUGAUUUAGCUGAAAAAACCAGAGAUCGGUCAAUGGAAAGAUAUGGAAGAGAGCGUUCUGUUGAGAGAGGUCAAGACAGAGGUACUGAUAGGAAUUUUGAUAGACUCCCUGAGAAAGCUAAGGAUGAUAGAGGAAAAGUAAGGCAUAGUGACACAUCAACAGAAAAAUCUCAUGGUGAUGAUAGGUUUCAUGGUCAAAGCUUGCCUCCCCCGCCACCUUUGCCUCCGCACAUGGUUCCCCAAUCUGUUAAUGCUGGUAGAAGAGAUGAAGAUGCUGACAGAAGAUUCGGAACUACAAGACAUACACAAAGGCUUUCUCCAAGACAUGAGGAGAAGGAGCGAAGACGGUCUGAGGAAUCCUUGGUUUCACAAGACGAUUCAAAACGUAGAAGGGAAGAUGAUUUUCGUGAGAGAAAGCGAGAUGAUCGAGAAGGGUUGUCAAUGAAGGUAGAAGAAAGGGAUAGAGAGAGGGAGAGGGAUAGAGAGAGAGAAAGGGAGAAAGCAAACCUUUUGAAGGAAGAUAUAGAUGCAACUGCAGCUUCGAAGAGGCGGAAACUUAAAAGGGAGCACCUGCCAACAGGUGAAGCUGGUGAGUAUUCACCAGUUGCCCCUCCACCUCCCCCCGUUGGUAUGACGACACAGUCAUAUGAUGGAAGAGAUAGGGUAGACCGCAAGGGAGCUAUGGUCCAACGUACGGGCUACUUGGAAGAACCAAGCAGGAUUCAUGGAAAAGAAGUAGCCAGCAAAAUGACUCGUCGUGACCUUGAUCCGAUGUACGAGCGCGAAUGGGAUGAUGAGAAGAGGCCAAGAGCUGAGCAGAAGCGGAGACAUCGCAAGUAAUGUAAGCGAGAAACCCUGGUCAUUCCUACUGCUUGCCUUGGGCAAGAUUCAUGCAUCCUUGUGCUGUUAUGUUGUGGUUCUCAACCCUAUUUCAGUUUUGUAACAAAUGAUCUGUAGUAAAUUUUCUAUACCCACACUUAGGUCCAUUGAUUGGGUAAUGAUAGUUGCUCAAACCCAAUGUACAGUAUUGUAAGCCUCCAGUGCGCCACUUUCAGCAUUUAUUUCAUUGGAUAUUAAUUCUUCAAAUGUUAAAUUUGGCCACAAAUGAAAGUGUAUAGGUGAAAAAAAGUUCUCAAAGCAUACUGUUUUCUAGCCUAGUAAA